AUUACCCCUCCCACUGAACUGUGCAACUCGAACACUCACAGCAGAUAUAGCAGCUCACUCCGUACUCAGCAGUUCUCCAAACAGGAAGCGAGAUCAUCAUCGCUAUCAAGAGCUAAGGGAAAUGGCUCUGGUUUCACAACCGGUGAACGAGGAACCUCUCUUCGCUGAAGUGGACAUGGCUGGUGAUUCCUCCACCGUCCGCGCCACCGUUGUCCAGGCCUCCACUGUCUUUUAUGACACCCCCGCCACUCUUGAUAAGGCUGAGAGGCUUCUAGCUGAGGCAGCUUCAUAUGGUGCCCAGCUGGUUGUGUUUCCUGAGGCAUUUAUAGGUGGUUAUCCACGUGGAUCAACCUUUGGCAUCACCAUUGGCAAGCGUACACCCAAGGGAAAUGAGGAGUUCCGGAAGUAUCAUGCCGCUGCCAUUGAUGUUCCAGGCCCUGAAGUUUAUCGAUUGGCAACAAUGGCUGGAAAAUAUAAGGUUUAUUUGGUAAUGGGUGUUAUCGAGAGAGAGGGAUACACACUCUAUUGUACGGUUCUGUUUUUUGAUUCUCAAGGUCGUUACCUUGGAAAACACCGGAAAGUAAUGCCAACUGCAAUGGAACGCAUUAUUUGGGGAUUUGGAGAUGGAUCAACAAUCCCAGUGUUUGAGACCCCAAUUGGAAAAAUUGGCGCAGCGAUUUGCUGGGAGAACCGAAUGCCACUUCUGAGGACUGCAUUGUAUGCUAAGGGGAUAGAGAUAUACUGUGCACCAACUGCUGAUGCACGGGACGUGUGGCAAGCAUCCAUGACUCAUAUAGCCCUUGAGGGUGGGUGCUUUGUUUUAUCGGCCAAUCAGUUCUGCAGAAGGAAAGAUUACCCGCCACCUCCAGAAUACGUCUUCUCUGACACAGAAGAGGACCUAACUCCUGAUUCCAUUGUUUGUGCUGGUGGGAGCGUCAUUAUUUCUCCUUCUGGAACUGUGCUGGCUGGACCAAACUUUGAUGGGGAGGCUCUCAUUUCCGCUGACUUAGAUCUUGGAGAUAUAGCGAGGGAAAAAUUUGCCUUUGAUGUGGUCGGUCACUACUCGAGGCCGGACAUCUUGAACUUGGUUGUGAGGGAUCAUCCCUUAACUCCAGUUACAUUCACAUCUGCUGGAUCAAACAAAGCUGAAAGCUCUGCUAAAUAGAGAAUCUCAAAAUCCAUCAAUAUGCACAUUCUCUUCUUCCCUGAUGAUCCCUAUCAGGUUUGUGUUCAUGCACCCCCCCAUUUAUGCAUGUAUGUACUAUGCAUGUACAUUAUUGCGCAUAACCCUUUUCUUUUUUGAGUAAAUUCCCAAAAUAGUCCUUUGUAAUAAGGGGUUUUCCCAAAUUAGUCCUCAAUAAAUUUUAAUUACCUACGUGGUCCUAUAUAAUUGAGAUUUAUUCCCAAAAUAGUCCUUUGUAAUAAGGUAUUUUCUCAAAU